CCCACUCUCCCGGUCAAGACUGGACGCCGAGUUUUCUUCUGACCUACCACAUUGAGUCGGGUCUUGACGAAGGUUGGAUUCACAAGGCAGGAAUCGACGACUUUAUCCUGGCCCAUGUCGAAUGCCAACCGCCUCGCCUUAUCGGACUUUGACGACCAUCCUCUCUGGGCUUGGGCGUGGUUUCCACGCAGCUUGUGCAUCACCUGCCCGCCCCAAGACGUACCGGGAUAUGCAGAUGCGACAGGCGCAUAAGAUUCUGUCCAGAAACGGUCGUUUGUUGACGACAAUCUAUCUGUCUGGGCUGACACAGGAUGGAUGUGUUUUUAGCCUUAUUCAGCUGGAUCUCGACCCUAAACAGCCACGGCCCUCAAAUCGACGCUACCAUUGAGCCGACAGUUGAGGCGUUGUUGUUUGGUCGACGUGCCCAAGCAACUAUCACCUCGAGACAAUCUGCGAUGUGGCCCCAUGUAGUCCCUCGCCCAGUCGCAGUUUGUCUCAACUCGCCCGGGCUGAGGCUAAAAACGCACCACAACUGUUCACGAUCCCAAGACCCGCCCGAGGAUGACGCUCUAGCGCCAUCCGGAUGGUUGCGUCAACUAGUUCGGUCGAGCUUUGGGAGCUCAGGCGAUGUCGUCGGCGGUAGCUUCCUGAGCCACCGGCUUCACCCACUUGGCGCUGACGGCGCAGGCACACAAACUUGGAGACGGCGUGGUAAAUCUUAUUGCCUUUUGGAACGGCGCAGUGCUGCGUACGGCACAGCAUACAUAUCCAAACAUUCGCAAGCGCAAAAAGUCGACUAGCAGCGCGGCUUGUGGGAAAGGGCUCCGAGACUGUGGGUGGGAAUGAGACGGUGGGGUACGACAACCUGGG